AUGAAUCUUCAUUUCCCGCAAAAUGAAGUUGCUCGUGCGGAAGAAAUUGAAAUCGCCUGUGUGCCCAAUCAGUAUCUGGUUCCAAAAGAUGGCACACCGAUCAGUGGUCUGAUUCAAGACCAUGUCGUGUCUGGGUUUUUGCUGACGUUGCCUGAUACGUUUCUGUCGAAAGAGGAUUAUCAGUACCUGGUUCUAAGCGCCUUCGCUCUAUGCAGUAAGAAGUUACGCAUUCUUCCUCCGGCGAUAAUGAAGCCUGUUCGAAGAUGGACCGGCAAACAGGUGAUUAGCACCGUCCUCAUCAACGUGUUGCCUAAAGACUGUCCGCUACUGAACAUGAAAGGUGCAGCGAAGGUUUCGCUUCAGAGCUGGCAAGUGAGUGGACAUGAAGUGCCUGAGUUCGAUUUGAGCGAAAGUUGCGUGUACAUUCGUAGUGGAGAAUUGAUGUGUGGCGUUUUGGAUAAAGCCCAAUACGGGGCUAAUCCUUAUGGUUUGGUUCACUGUGUUUAUGAAUUGUACGGGCCUCGUGCUGCUUGUCACUUGCUGUCCUGCUUCUCUCGUCUGUUUACCACUUAUCUCCAACAGCAUGGCUUUACGUUGGGCAUAGAAGAUGUACUGGUUUCUGAGAAGGCGGACGAAGUUCGUCGCAAGAUUAUCAUGAAACUUAACCGCUGCGGGAGCAGCGUAGUCAAGGAGGCUUUCGAUUUGCAGACCAACGAUGAGGAGACUUUGCGGAAUGCCCUGAGAAGCAUCCACAGCAAGGAAAAUUCCGACAACGACGUCAAGCAUUUGGAUUACUGCAUGAAGGUGAAUUCUGUGCAGAUGUCUUGCAUGUUGGGGCAGGUUGAGCUGGAGGGUGCUAGAGUCAGACCAUCGGUUUCAGGUCGGACUCUGCCAUCGUUCAAAAAGUUUGAUAUGUCGCCUCGAGCUGGCGGUUUCAUUGCGCAACGAUUCCUAAGCGGUAUCUCUCCGCAGGAGUUCUUUUUUCACUGUAUCGCUGGAAGAGAGGGUCUCAUUGAUACAGCCGUGAAAACCAGCCGUAGCGGCUAUUUGCAGCGUUGCUUAGUCAAGCACUUAGAAGCGCUUGUGGUCAGUUACGACUUGUCAGUUAGAGACGCUGACGGCAGUAUUAUUCAGUUCCAGUAUGGCGAAGAUGGCUUCGAUAUUGGCAAAGUUCAGUUUUUAUGCUCGAAAUCUUAUCCGUUUCUGUACGAAAAUGCCGAGAUUCUGCGGCGGUCGAAAUUAAUGCAAAGCACACAGGUUGUUUCCGACAAGGUAUCCCAGCGGUUGUUCAAAAAGUGUAUAUUUGUCGAAUGCGUGUAG